AGGCGCACUGGAGGUGGAGGGGCGGCAGCCACCAGCCUGCUCCCCGCCUCCCCGACAGAGCCUCGGUCAGCAUGGGGGUGACAGCUCCCUGCAGCUCGCUGCCCCCACCUCCUUCUCCCUGCCAGGUGCCAGUGGAUUUCCCUGUUGUGGCCAGAAGUCUGUAGAGAUUGUGGACAUGCGGGAUGACUUAAACCAACACCAGUUGUACAAUCCCCGGGUGGCACAAGAGGAAGAGGAGAAGAUGGAGCUGGAGGCGGAUUUGCUAGAGCAGGAGCUCCCACCCAAAGUGAACCCGGACCUGGACCUGGACAUGGACCUGGACCCGGAGCUCAUGGCUUUGCUGAAGUCAGAGCUGCAGCCGGCACCCAUGCCUGGAGCUGAGGGGGCCAAGUGGAAGAUGACCAAUGGCAACGAAGACCUUGAGAGGCAGGGGUACAGGAUAGAGUCCGUCCACCCCUACAUAGAAGGGCUGCCAAUGCUACACAACUUCAGACCGUGGAGCGUGAGUUCAAACACCAGUUACCUGAGUUCCCUGGAGGAGAGACAGGUGCCCACUGACUACCGCUCCAUCCCCGUGCAGACCUCCAAACACCUCUUCUGGGCAAACAAGCUCACCCAGGCCUCAGAACACAGCCUACAGCAGGAGGUCAACAUGCAGCUCCACAAGAGCAGUGCAGACAAGACCAGCAGCCGCCAGAAUUUCGUCCCCACCAACACUCUGUCCUCCAAGAAGCACUUCCAGACCUCCACUACCCACACAGCUCUUCCAGCCACAAGCUCCCAACCACCAUCAAGCACCCACCUGACCUCCUCCAAUCUCUUGCCAGCCAUUGGCCUAACAGAAUUAAUCCACUUUGCAUCGUCGCUGGCCAUGGCCUCCUCCAGCAAGACAGACUUGCCCAGUUUGGAGCACAGAAUCAAAGCUAAACCCCAGAAGGUCGUGGAGCCUUCCACAGAGCCCGUCCAGCCCACUGCAAAUAAGGAGACAGAUAAGGAGAUACUGUCAAACAAACCACAUGGAGCCAUGGGGCCACAGAAGACUUGGAAUAAGGAAGAGAAGAGUUUCUCUCACCCUUACCUUGACUGCAGCAAGCUGGGGACCAAGAGGACCACCAUUGAAGGGGAAGUGAAGCUUCUCCAGCCUUCAGCCACGUGCCCCAACGAGCUGCAGGGACCCAAGGAAAACUCAGUGCCGGGAAACAAGAAAGGGAAUCCAUUAUUGCUGCAAAUUCAUUUUAAGCUGUCAACCCCCUCUACCCCAGAGAAAUGACUAUACAAAACCAGUAAAGCCUCCAGUGCUGGC